AUGGGAUCCGUCGCCGACCACGAGCAAGAGCCGUUUACGGUGCUCUUGACCGGAUUUGCCCCCUUCAAAAAAGACUACCCCGUCAACCCCUCCUGGGAAAUCGUCCGGUCCCUCCCGACCUUCCUCCCCCCCCUCCGCGCCAAAGUCCCCCUCCCAACUCCCUCAUCCCCCUUCCCCCCCUCAACCACCUCAACCACUUCCCCCCUAAACCCCUCGGCGAGUCCAAUCCCCCCCGUCCGCCUCCUAACCCACCCCGCCCCAAUCCGGGUCUCUUACCAAACCGUACGCGCCCUCAUCCCGGAUCUCUGGGACUUGGAUGGCAAAGUGCACGGGGAUAGCAGACCGAAAAUUGAUUUGGCGGUGCAUGUGGGGAUGGCGGGGCCGAGGUUGUUUUAUAGUCUUGAGAGGCGCGGGCAUAGGGAGGGGUAUCGGAUGCCGGAUGUUGAUGGGGGGGUUUUGGGGGAUGAUGGGGAAAAGGGAGAAAAGGGCAAGUGGAUUUGGGAGGGGAUGCCGGAGGAGUUGGAGACGGCGGUGGAUGUGGGGGAUGUUUUGGGGAGGUGGAAGGGGCAUUCGCCUAAACACCUCGACCUCCGCGUAUCCGAAGACGCCGGCCACUACCUCUGCGACUUCAUCUACUUCUCCAGUCUUGCCCACCUCGAGAAAGCCGGCGAGCGCCGCCGGGUGGUGUUUUUGCACGUGCCGAGCGACGCGUCCGAGCAUAGUAUUGCUGUCGGCCGGGAGGUGCUGCUGCAGCUGGUGCGGGCGUUGGUGGAGAGCGAGGUUGCGAGGCGUGAGAGGGAACGAAGUGAACGGCAGUGA